AAGUGGCGCGCAGCAAGUAAAGGUGCCGCAUCCUCUGGUUGUGGUUGAGGUGGGGUCUAGCUGGGCUCGGCCCCCGCCCAGGACCGGACUGAGGAGCCACCACCCAGACGGAGCGGGGGUAUCAGGACCCAGGAGGUGACGGGAUUGAGGGAGGCGGCUACCAAGACAGGAAUCUCCUGGGUUUUAGAUUUUGGGAAAUAAUCCAGUCUUUUAAAGAACAGUGCAGAUGGGCUCCUGCCAAAGAGGUCCCGGCUUUGAGUGGAACGUGGGGCCGUGUGCAGGAAAGCCAGCUCAAAUUCCGUCUUCUGUUUUUUGUUUUUUUUGUUUUGUUUUGUUUUGUUUUUUUAUCAGAUCGAGACAGCCGAUGGCUAGGAACGCGCCUGAGGGCACAGGUCCCAUGCACGUGCCUUUUGGGCAUAUUGUGGCCAACACGAAAUGGCGCGGAUCGAAGCUCCUGCAGGGGAUGCAAGGUCGGUGGGCUGCCCUGUGCAAAAGCCCUCUUCUAAACUUUUUAAAAACGUCCUACCUACUGUCGCCUUUCGCCCAGCGCUCACGGAAGUCAUUUUUCUUGUCUAUGUUCUAAGGGAAAAUUAAAAUCGUUUUUGAGGAUGGCCUGACACCGGUAGAUUUUUACGUGUCAAGCAGAUCUUGCAUUCUUUAUGUCACCGAAGCUGAUUUGGUGGCAGGAAAUGGCUACAGAAAGAGGCUUGUUCAGGUUAGAAAUUAAUCUUCAAGGGAUCGUGAUCGUUGAGAAAACGCAGAUGAGUGAACAGUACUUCUCGGCCAUACAGAAGUUUACUGUGCUGGACCUUGGGAUGGUGUUGCUUCCAGUGACCAGCCAGAUGGAAGCGUCCUGCCUUAUUAUCCAGUUAGUUCAAGAACAAACCAAAGAGCCCAGUAAGAACCCUUUCCUCAGUAAGAAACGGACUCUGAUGCCUGAGCUAUCCCUCCUUCGAACUGUGCAGCAGAUCCCAGGAGUUGGAAAAGUUAAAGCCCCUCUUCUGCUUCAGAAGUUCCCAAGUCUCCAGCAACUCAGUAAUGCUUCCAUCAGAGAACUAGAGCCAGUGGUGGGACAGGCAGUGGCACAGCACAUUCAUGCCUUCUUCACACAGCCCAGGUGACGGCUCUUCCCGCAGCCAGGAGCUACAGCAUCUUGUUUUCUUUGCAUAUUUAAAAGUUGAGAACAAAGAAAUCUCCUUUCACUGCAACUAAUGAAAGAUGAGGUGAGGCCUGAAUGGAAGCUGCCAGUUGCCCUGCCCUGUUCUCUGGGUUCAGGCGUUUAAGAUAGUGGAGUUAGUGGGCUCUAGGUAGCACGGCUCUCAUCCUGCUAGUGAAAGAGGGCCCAUUGGGGGGCACCUGCUGGCUCACGGGUAGAGCAUGCCAAUCCUGAUCUCAGGGUUGUGAGUUCGAGUCCCACGUUGGAUGUAGAGAGUACUUAAAAAUAAAGUCUUUAAAAAAAGAGAGAGAGAGAGAGGGAGAGAGCCCAUGGGGAUCUUCCUAAAAGAGUUUAAAUUGGGACUCUCAAAUUCAGCAAAAAGCCAGCCUGGGCAGAUUUUAACAUAUGACCUUGACCUUGUCUAGCUUGGAAAAGUCUAAUCAAGUUUCAGAAGGUAGAAGUGACCUUCUAAAGGAAACAAACCUACAAUGAAGCACUAUGCUGUGUACCAUAAGCCUCUUGUUCCUGGUGACAGGCCCAGUGUUCUUCCAGUCUAGUCUUAAUAUCACUAUGUUUUGAGGGUGCUGCCAGUGUAAACAAACAGUUGUACUGCCUUUUUUUUCCUUCCUUUCCCUUCCCUCCCACCCUCCUUCCCCCUUCCUGGUAGCUACAGUUUGUUUAUAGCCACGGAGCAUGCCUUCUGAACACAGCCUGGAGUUUGGAAGUCCCUUUUAAAGAUAAAAAGCCAGUGUGUAUGAGAGGGGUAAAGAAUGUGUUUGCAAAUGUAUAGCCCAACAGUGGGAAGAUAUAAAGGAAAAUGGCAGGGGCAGAUGCAUCCAGAGAGGAGAGCUAGUGGUGGGGAUCAAAAGGUACAAUCAGCCACUCAACAAAUAAAUGCAAUUAAAGAUGCA